AUGAGCUUUUCGCUCACAUUCACUGAGCUGGUCAAUGUUGCCAUACCCCAGUGUGGGAUGGUGAACUUCAAGGCCCUGCAUCUUCUGCUCCAUGGCAUCCUGGAGCACAUCCACAUGGCAGAUCUCAAGAAGGUGCUCUCAGGGGAUGAGGACUUCCUCCAGACCUCACAGGUGGUGGUCAUGCCCAGGGAAGGAGAUGCCCAGCCCAUCCUUAGUCCCAUGAAGCGGCUCAGCAACGUCUUUGACCACGUGGUGAACCGCAUUGACAAGAUAGAGAACCAGCUGGCCAUGCUGCAGGACCUGCCCUCCACCACCCAGCUGCUGGAGGGCAGCCAGGGGACUGCCCAACCCAUGCAGGACCUGUGGCAUCUGAUCAAGCUGAGGAAGAUGGUGGAGGGCAAUGAAGAAGCCACAGCAAAGUCUAUACAGACCCUGCAGGACCUGCUCACUGAUCUUUAUGCACUCAAGGUCACAGUGGAAGACCUCAGGAAGGAUGUGGACAUGCUGAAGGAAAUGUUUGAAAAGGUACACCCAGAAAGACUGGAUCUCUUCUCUGAAGACCUUAAAACUCAGAACCGGCAGAUGAUUAUACUGAAGCGUGAAAUGAUGUCUCUCCAAAAAAAGAUCCAUGCCAUCCCCAGCUCUGAGGAUGUGGUGCUCUGGUCUGGCCUCCACGAGGCGAUGUUCAACUCAAUGAGUGGAGGAAGAGGAGCUGGGUCUAGCACAUGGGGAGCUGGCCAGGCCCUUCUUCCUCAGGUGGCUGGUUCACUAGAGCUGGAGCUGUCCAACACAUUGCAGGCCGUGGCACCACCUCUACCGGCUGCCAUUGCCCAGACCCAGAACCUUGAGGAGGUUAGUCACACCCAUGUUACAGAGCCUCUCCAAGGUCCCAGGCUCCUACAGGCUUCCUGGCACUCUGAUGUCCAGCUACCCCUACCAGACCAGGAAUCUGUCCAGGCACUUCCAUCUAGCAGUGCCAAGGGGACAGGCCAGCCUCAGGUGUUAACCCCUGGGCCUGGGCCUGGACCUGGACCUGCAGCUGGAUCUUCAGCUGGACCUGCAGCUAGAUCUUCAGCUGGACCUGCAACUGGAUCUUCAGCUGGACCUGCAGCUGGACCUGCAGCUGGACCUGCAGCUGGACCUGCAACUGCACUGGGACCAGAGUUCCAGUCCAUGGCUACACUAGCGCCCCCUGUAAUUCCUGGGCUCAUCCCACCACCUUUGGUGAACUUUGGACUUGGAACUGGCCUUUUGCCUUUCUGGGCUGAAGGCUUAGUCCCACCUAGCACAAGUCCAUCAGGUCCCCAGCAGUCUUCUCAGCUCCCGCCCUCCAGGGCGCCACCCCCAGCUCGGGAGUUUGGAUCAGCAUGGCCUUCUUCACUGCAGCCUUUUCACCUUCUCAGGGGAGAGGCUUACCAGCUCCCCAUGGUUGAAGAAAAGGGGGAAAAAUAUUAUACUCACUAUGUGAGACCAACUCAGGAGGGAGCCCCCAAGGAUGGGGCACCCAAAGAGAAAGAUGGGGUUCCCAGGGACAAGGCCCCAGAAGUACGAUCUAAGGGUCCCAAGUCUGCCCUGCAUCGGCUGAGAAACACUGUUGCUGCUGCCACUGCUGCAGCUGCUGCCUAUGCCGCUGCUGCAACCUCAGCAGCCCGGACAGCCAGGGCUGCUGCAAAGGUCAUAGACGAUGCCCCUGCCACCAAAAUGGCUACUGAGGCAACAACUAUGGCGGCAUCUGGGCCCUUAGGGGUCUUUGCAGACAUCCUUGGGGCAGGGUCUUCCCGUGGAGCUCUAGACUUUGCAACCUUUGGUGAGAGGCAUGAAGACUUGCUGGCAGACUAUGAAAUAGUCUCUCCUCCGCACACCCUGGGCCUCGGCAUUCAUGAACCAGCACUGUCCCAGGCUAUGCUGGCUGCCUCACAGGCCAUGAGCUCUGAAGACAAGAAGAAAGCCGUCAAGUAUUCCAUGAGCCACAUAGCACAAAUGCCUGUUAGACAUGACACCUUGAAAGAGGAGUUUGCCCAGCUGUCAUCCAAUGUGCAACAGCGCUUUGAUUAUCUAGUUGAUGUGGCAGGUCCCUCCAGACUUGGAAUGGCAGUGGACCUAUUGGAGGAAAAGAUUAGCAACCUUGAGAAAUCCAGGGUAAAGGAGGAAGAACUUGAGAGAAUUUGGGGCGCCCAAGUGGAUGCAAUGAAGGAUCACUACAUAGUGCUGGACAGAGCAGUGGAGAAGAUCCAGACUCGCUUGGGUGACUUAAAGCUUCUCCAGGCUCAAGUCAGAUCCCUGGAGCAGAACAAGGUGAAUAAAAGCACCAUGGAACAGGAGCUGAAAGAAAAAGCUGACAGGAGCGCCCUGGCGAGCAAGGCCAACAGGGCUGACCUGGAGACAGUGGUGACCGAGCUGAACAGCAUGAUUCAGGGUAUGCUCUUGAAGGUCUCAACCCAUGAGGAUGACUGGAAGAAGUCUGUAAAGCAGCUGAGGAAGGACAUGGGUGCCAAGCUGGUACCCAGUGACCUGGAUGCUCUGAAAAAAGAGGUGGCUGACAUCUGGCAAGCAGUCAGGAAACUGAUGAUAGAGGGCUUCCGACUGGACCCAGACCGUGCUGCAGGCUUCAAGAGGCAACUGUUUGAGCGAGUGAAGUGCAUCUCCUGCGACCGGCAGGUGGAGAUCAUGACUGGCCCACAGCUGAUCACCAUCCGCAGAGCCCACCUGCUGUCAAGGCUGCGGCCAGCCAGUGCCAACACCUAUGAGUAUCUACAGCGGCAGCAUUUGAGGGAACACCACCAGCUGCAGUUCCAGGAUCUCAGCAUCCCAGAGGAGCACUUCAAGCCCCAGGGCUCCUACCAGGACUGGGGUGAUGGCCCUCGAAAUGACCCCAACGUCAAGCUCAAGUCGUACAACCUGUCAACUCUCUAUCCUUACGGGGACCCCCAAGUGAUAGACUAUGACACUGCUGAGGUGGACAUCCUGGGAGUGGACGGGAUCCUGUACAAAGGCCGAAUGACCAGCCAGACUGGGACUCGACUCUUGGCCACCAAGGAGAAAGAGCCAGCAGCUGUGAAGACUCCAUGUCCCCCAGGUCAAAGUCUGUGUGACCGUGUACGCUCUAGUGCCUUAGUUGGUGCUGUCUAUCCCCGACUCUAUCCAAAUGAGGCCAAGCGCUUCCUGACCCAGGUGAUUCCUCUCCAUACUGCCUUUGGUGGGGGCACUGGCUGGCAUACCCCAAGCCCCUACCUCCACAUCACAGAUGAGUAUUUUUGCAACUUCUGCCCAGAAUAAAAUCUUCCACCUGUCCGACUAUAGAUGAGGUCUACUCUUCAGAGGGUGGUCUUACCCUCUCCUUGUGGAUGAGUAGGACUUGCUGGUCCCUUCUCUAGUUGCCACUCCCAGCACCAGCCUCCCACACCUACCCCAGCCCACCCAGGCCAAGUGGCAGCAGGUACUCACAAUAAACCUUCCUCAGCUGUGAGGUUACAGGGUUUUUUUUUUUUUUUUGUUACGCUUUUCAGGAGGCCACACCUGAUGGGUAUUGUGCAUAAGUAUCAGAGGCCUGGCUUCAUUCCCUCUUCCGCCAAGGGAGCUGUGGUUCUAGCUAGAGUUAAUUGGGAAAAUGGGGCUCCUGGGAGCAGCCCAUUGCCAACACACUGGCACCCAGGGCCUAUCCUUGGUCCUCACAGCUGGGCACAACUCUUCCUUCACAGCCUCCUAGCUACCUCCAUUCAUUUUCUUCAAGGCCACCUUCUGAGCUCAUUUCAGAGGUUUACAAACAUGAAACAUCAGUGCUUGAGUUGGUCCUUAUAGGGAAUAAGAAGUGAGGGCCCCAUUGAUCAAUGUGUAACCUGUCUGCAUUCAGACAGGCCUCUUGGGUACUUGGUGGGGCACUUCAGCCAGGAGUAAUCCCAGAAGACAAUCCUGUCCCUGGGAAGAGGUGGGCUUGCAGGCCUCAGGGGCUUAUGGAAGAGCUGUACCAAUCCAAAGGCUCUGGGCAGCCGCUUCAGGAGCAUGGGUGACUCCUCUGCAACACAGGACACUAUGUGGCAACAGUGGGACUCCAUUUUGGACAGCUUCCUGUAUGAAAGGGGAGUGGCUACAGCACCCAGCCUGGGCCAUAACAAGGCCAAGCUAGACAGGGGGCAAGUGACCAACCUCUUCCUGGCUUGCCCAAGGGGAUUUCCUGGAACCAGGGCUCUGAGUUUUUAGACGGAGGUGAACUGGUCUUGUGCGGAGUGAGACUUCUGGGACACAAAUUAAGCCAGGUAAGAUGGAGGAGAUGGCUUCUGUAGAGCAGCCUGUAGGUGCUGCUGGAAUGGAGCAGGGAUUGCAUAGUGACUACCCUACACCAACAAGCCCAAGUGAAAGGUCCCUUUCAAAGACCAUGAACUCAUUAACCUAAGAUAUAUAUUCCUGAUAAAGGUAAAUGUGUUCCAAGGCCUGCGAUCUACACUGGGAAAAUGAAGUGCCAGUGCUCGAAGGCAGAUGGUGGGGUGGGUGGAAAUGCAGGCUGCAGAAGAGCCUUCAUGGUGACAACUUUUAAGGACAGAGGACUCACCACACACAGAUCCCUGUUACACCUCUGACUGCCUGUGGAUUUGGGGGCUCUAGGCAGAGACUCUGUGAACACAGCACGAAAGGUUUCUAUUUUCUCACCUUUUCUUCCCGUAACUCAGGACUUCAUCAAGAUCUACAGAAAAUGCUAUUUGCAGCUUUGUUACUCCCUAGGACAUGAGAAUAGGCUCCAGAAAGCAGAGAAAAGAUUUUGCCAACAGACCCCCAACACCUUGUACUGUGCUCCUGAAAAGGCCUUGGCCAUCUUUCAGUAGUCUCACUGGGGUGAGGGAAGACUUGGCACUACCUCACCCCACAAAUGACUGUAUUAAGGCUCCUUCAUGUGUAUCUUGCCCAAAUAUAAGCUGUGGCUACAAACCCAGAGACCUUUCCAAAUUUGAGAGUUGGAAGUAACUUUGCAUUGAAAGACCCCAUCUUGGCUAAUACAGGCAGCCUUGCCACGAGGUGGAUCUGAAUCAAAGGGCUCAUCUGUCCUGGAACUACUGUGAAAUGCAACCCCUCCCCCCCCCCCCCCGCUGCCCCUUCCAAAGACCUCCAAGGCUACAGCUAGCCUCAGAGACAGCCUGGUUUUCAGGGCUGGCCACAGUGCCUUCUUAGAGAACCUCAGUGGUCCACUGGACAAGUCCUAGGGACACUCAGUAGCCCUGGUUGUGGCUCCAUGUCCAAAACUUGGAGAACAAACCUUUCUCCCUUUAAGGCUGUCUGAAGGAGGAGCCUUGCUUGCCACAGAAAGCAGCUUAGUAUUAUGUAUAUGAAGCUAGGUGUCCCUCCACCCUACCAAGCAGGGUAUUUACAUCUGUAGGUGCUUUGCAGUGAAAAGCACUUCUCUUCAAAAAUGCAGCAGAUUCCAUGGCACCAGUUGGAAAUGACCAUCUGUGUGGUCAUUGGAGUGGAAGGGCCUGGCCUUGCAGGGAUGGGAAGGCUGUAUCCCUAGCCUUUUGGGUCAGCUCCAGCCAACUGGGGCCUUAUGGAAAAUUGGGACAUAUAUUACAGUUACCAAGAUUAGUCAGAAAUGGAGCGCUUCACAUAAACCCUCUUGAUUUAAAAAUGUUGGUAAACACAUUUAACAAAAUAUGUGACACUCUAUAAGGCACACAACACAGCACACACGAGGGUGACUUCUUUCCUCA